AUGAAGCGCCCUGACAUGGAGUCUAUCCAGCACGUUGAAGAAGAUGGCAUUCUGGCAUCCGAGAGUGGAGACGGCAAGGACGCCGCCAUAUUCAAUAUGGACCAAACAGCCAUUUACAUCGAUAUGGCCGGCAAAACGACUAUAGAUUUCACUGGAAAUCCCACUAUUGACAUGCUGCAAGAGAGUGAAAUCAACCGUUUCCGAGCAUCGGUUUUUCUUGCUGCAUCUGCCACAGGAGCCAAACUCGCUCCACUAAUAGCUUUCGCUGUGGUACCCGGAGGCCCAGUCUCUCAAGAAGUGUGGAAUCCGGUCGUUGGGUCUCCUCACGCGGAGCAUACCGUUGAAAAAUGCGUUUUGCAACCUGAGAUUAGUCCUGGGAAUGAUCCGUUGUCUGAUAGGCGGUAA